AUGGCGGACAUUGAUACCACUCCUGCAUCAGACAGAUUAUUACAGCAGUCAAAUCCCUUUGGAUAUCAGAAGCAACAGCAGGGGAAACGAGCUGCCUCUUCUCAAAUCACAGCUCCAGCAGAGACCUACAAGAAGCCUAACUCUUCUUCUUCUUCUGGUGGAAGCAGCCGAUUUGGAUAUGAGAGUAAUACAUUCAGUCCAGGGGAGUCUGAACUUUCUACUCUAGCCCAUCUGAUACAGCAGAAUACAAAGCAGUCAGCCGAGCUGCAACAACUCCUCUUUGAAUUCUUGAAACAAAAGCAAGAGGAAUUGAAUAGCCACCCAGCUAGCAGCUCUCGCUCUGACAACGUGCAAGAGUCCACUGAUGAGAAUGAUGGAAUGCUAAGCCCUGGUCCACAUGUUGCAAAUGGAGGUGGUGAAAGUCCUGACCCUCCGCAUGGAAGUAAGAAUAAUUUCAGGGGCCACAUGAUAGAAGGCGUCGAGUCAGCUUCCGAUUCAAGGUCCAACUCGGAUUGCGAGAGUAAAUCUACCGUGCCAACUUCAGUAGAUGCAAGAUCUCUCGCAGAUGGUGCUAGCUACCCCAAAGAUCAGCAGGAAAAGUCUCUUAUCAAUGCCAUCGGCACUCUCCAUCAUCUCUCUAGCUCUGAAGACUCGGAUUUGUCCGAAGAUUCUGGCGAGCGGAAGAACCGCUUUGAACGACCCCCUAGAAAAGGAAGAUAUGAGUCUACGGACGCUGAUAACCGCCGUACCUGGCAGCGCCAUUAUGGCACAGGCCUUUGCCAACGAGCCCCAUCUCCAGGUGGCAGUCCUUCGGGAAAACAGGUUGAAUUCGAUUUCUUCCACCGACAGCGUAAGACAUGUCCAAACUCUUCUAACCCCUUCCAAUCGAUACUCAUCCAGGCCCUCGUUCGAGAUGUCGAGCCCUCAAUCUUCUUCUUUGGAUGA